AUGACAUCAUCCGUACUCCCGAAGAACAAACGCACCAUCCACACCGCGGCAUGCCUGAUCAUUGGCGAUGAGGUACUUGGAGGCAAGACAAUAGACACCAAUUCCGCCUUCUUCGCGAAAUGGUGUUUCUCGCUAGGCAUCCAACUGAAGCGCGUGGAGGUGAUCGCGGACGACGAGAGCGAGAUCAUCGAAGCGGUACGGCGCAUGAGUGAUCGGUACGACUUUGUGGUGACCAGCGGAGGCAUUGGACCGACCCACGACGACAUUACCUACGCCUCGAUCGCGCGCGCCUUCUCCCUGCCGCUCAAACUACACACGCCGGCCUUCGAGCGGAUGAAGCUCCUCUCGAAACCGCACCCCAUGCAACCGACCUUCGACUGGGACACGCCGUCCGCCAGCCUAACGGCCAAGCUGCGGAUGGUGGAGCUGCCGCACGACGCGGCCCUCCCCGAAGACGAGCAGGCCAUCUUCGUGGCGGACGAUAUGUGGGUGCCAAUCGCGAUCGUGAACGGCAACGUGCACAUCCUGCCGGGGGUGCCGCGGCUGUUCGAGCGGCUGCUGGAGCACCUGAAGCCGACGCUGCUGCCGCGGCUGGUCAACCCGGAGGAAGGCAAGGGCAUCUACCGGUACCUGUUCAGCACCCCCUUGCCCGAGAGCACCGUGGCCGGCUACCUGACCGAGCUGGCCGCCCGCGUCGCCGACCGCGGCGUCAAGGUCGGCAGCUACCCGCGCUGGGGCAACAAGCGCAACACCGUGACGCUGGUCGGCACCGACAAGGCGCUGAUGGACGCGCUGAUCCCCGAGGUCGAGCGCGAGGUCCAAGGGAAGAAGGUCGCCCGCGAGGAUGAGUUGGAUCCGCCCUCCGAUGCUGAGGAGGAGAAGUAA